UUCAAUUGCUUUGCUGUUAGCCUGUUGGACCUUCGAGCCUAGCUGCUCGCACCGGACUCGGCCACCUGCCCUUCCUGCACCGACUGGGCCAGGAGUUCGGAACCUGAUGCUGAGCCAGGAGGAGCUCCGGGUGACGCACACGGCAGGAUCGGGAUUGAGAGGCUGAAAAACUCAAGAGGUUUGGACAUGGACCUUCUUCAGUUCCUGGCCUUCCUCUUUGUCCUGUUUUUGUCUGGGACAGGAGCCACAGGCACCUUGAGGACCUCCCUGGACCCAAGCCUGGAGAUCUACAAGAAGAUGUUUGAGGUGAAGCGGCGGGAGCAGCUGUUGGCACUGAAGAACCUGGCACAGCUGAACGACAUCCACCAGCAGUACAAGAUCCUUGAUGUCAUGCUCAAGGGUCUCUUUAAGGUGCUGGAGGACUCCCGGACAGUGCUCACCGCUGCUGAUGUGCUCCCAGAUGGGCCCUUCCCCCAGGAUGAGAAGCUGAAGGAUGCUUUCUCCCACGUGGUGGAGAACACGGCCUUCUUCGGCGAUGUGGUGCUGCGCUUCCCGAGGAUUGUGCACUAUUACUUUGACCACAACUCCAACUGGAACCUCCUCAUCCGCUGGGGCAUCAGUUUCUGCAACCAGACAGGCGUCUUCAACCAGGGGCCCCACUCGCCCAUCCUCAGCCUGAUGGCCCAGGAGCUGGGGAUCAGUGAGAAAGACUCCGACUUCCAGAACCCAUUUAAAAUCGACCGCACAGAGUUCAUUCCCAGCACUGACCCUUUCCAGAAGGCCCUGAGAGAAGAAGAGAAACGCCGAAAGAAAGAGGAGAAGCGGAAAGAGAUCCGAAAAGGCCCAAGGAUCUCCAGAUCCCAGUCUGAGUUAUAGCCCUGGAGCAGCUCAGGGCUCAAGGGGCCACGAGGAGGCAGGUCGGGAGGAAGAAGAGCUGGAGGUGUGGUUGUGGUGGAGAGCACCAGCCAGCCCCUUCCAGAAGGGGAGGCCACAUUUGCCUGGCCCCCUGGAGCUGGGUCUGAGCCCCAGCUGAAGGGACUGAGCCUCAGAUGGCUGGAUUUUCUCUCAGGGGCCUCUUGCUGAAGGGGCCCUCAGAGGACUUUAUGCUGGAAAUAUGACCCAGUGCAGACUGCUGGGGGAGGCAGGAGGAUGCCUGCCUAUACCCUGUUGGUGGCUAAAGACCUCUGGCCAGCUGGCUUCCGCUCUUGGUGGGGAAGCAGCAGAACUAGGUUCUGAGCCACGGAUCAUGGUGCCACCCUGCUGCUGGCCCCACUGUGUCACAGAGCUGCCUGGCACAGGUCCCAACCCCUCUGCAGAGACACAAUAAAAGCCAGCAGACCCUUUGGACCGAC